GCCCGGAAGUGGAGGAACUAGGCGAGCGGGAGAUUUGAAUGGAGUCCGCUGCGAAUGACAGACACUGCAAUCAAUGUGCGGACAGGCAGGAUGUGAGAAACCCUGAAGAGGAGAGUGGCACAGAAUCUGGGUUAUCCAGGGACUUCAAGCAACAUUCCCAUUUCUGAUUUCAGACACACUGUUUAAGCAAUUCCUAGACUAGCACUGGAUAAAUCUGUUCUUUGAAGAUGGCAGCCUCCCAAGAGGAUGUCUGCAGUCAUGUAAGGGUGGUGGUCCGAGUUCGACCCGAGAACGAAAAGGAAAAGCAAGGGAACUUUAGCAGAGUUGUUCAAGUGGUGGACAAUCAUAUCUUGGUGUUCGAUCCAAAAGUAGAAGAGGUUGGCUUUUUCCAUGGGAGGAGCGCAGCCAAUCGAGACAUAACCAAAAGAAAGAACAAGGACCUUAAAUUUGUGUUUGAUUGUGUCUUCGAUGACAGUUCUACUCAACUGGAAGUUUUUGAACAAACAACAAAGAUUGUUUUGGAAGGAGUUCUCAAUGGAUACAACUGCACAGUUCUGGCUUAUGGAGCAACGGGUGCUGGCAAGACUCACACUAUGCUGGGGUCACCGGGGGAGCCUGGAGUCAUGUAUCUAACAAUGAUGGAAUUAUACAACCGGAUUGAGAGUGUAAAAGAUGAGAAAGUUUGUAAUGUUGCCAUUUCUUACCUUGAGGUUUACAAUGAGCAGAUCCGAGACCUCCUUUCAAAUUCUGGUGCAUUGGCUGUGAGAGAGGAUGCUCAGAAAGGAGUUGUUGUGCAAGGCUUAACAUUACAUCAGCCCAAGUCAGCCGAGGAGAUCCUUCAGAUGCUCGACUAUGGAAACAAAAAUAGAACCCAGCACCCUACUGACAUGAAUGCAUCGUCAUCACGGUCACAUGCUGUGUUUCAGAUUUACUUAAGACAGCAGGACAAGACGGCAAGUAUCAAUCAGAAUGUUCGAAUUGCCAAAAUGUGCCUCAUUGAUCUGGCUGGUUCUGAACGGGCCAGUGCAACGAACGCCAAGGGUGAACGUUUACGAGAGGGAACAAACAUCAAUCGCUCACUGUUGGCUCUGGGGAACGUCAUCAAUGCUCUAGCAGAUCCAAAGAGCAAGAAACAACAUAUUCCUUACCGGAACAGUAAACUUACACGUCUUCUGAAAGAUUCUCUUGGAGGGAACUGCCGCACUAUUAUGAUUGCCGCUGUUAGUCCUUCUUCGCUGUCCUACGACGACACUUACAAUACGCUCAAGUACGCGAACCGAGCCAAGGACAUAAAAUCAGCAGUGAAGAGCAACGUAGUCAGCCUGGACAGUCACAUUAGUCAAUAUGUGAAGAUCUGCGAGCAACAAAAGAAAGAGAUUGCGGCAUUAAAGGAGAAGUUAAAGGCAUAUGAAGAUCAGAAAGCAAUUGCUCCUGGGAAACCGAAGCAGAAUGUUUUGCUUCCUCCAUGUCAAAAUCAGGCUGAAAUUAAGAGAUUUCAGGAAAUUCUCCGAUGUUUGUUUACCAACCGAGAAGAAAUACGAGCAGAGUACCUCAACCUGGAAAUGCGUUUCAAAGAAAACGAACUGAAAACGUACUACCAAAAGCAAUGCUUUGAGCAAAUUCAGAUGCUCUGCUCCCAGGAGAAAGCCGUGAAGGCCUCCUGUAAAAGGGAUCACAGGGUAGAGGUGUUGAAAAAUCAAAAUGUGCUCCUCCAGAAGAAAAAGGAGGAUGAAUUGAAGCGUCUGGAGGAAAACACGACCUGGCUACAUCGCCUGGAAAGUGAAAUGAAACUAUUGAACAAUGAUGGCAAAAUGCCAGAGGAGCUUGGCAAAGACUUGCAGUGUCACCACUUAACGUUAGAGGUAACAGAUUUGAAAACACAAAUUAAACACAUGACCCGACUUGUGGCUCUUCAGGAAAGGGAAAACCGAUACAAUGAAAAACUUGUUAAUGCAUUACUGCCAUCUUUACGCAGACAGUAUCUAUUGUUAAGCCAGGUAGGGCUGGCAGAUACGUGUGUAGAAGCUGACUUUAAGAAAAUCGAGCAGUUAGUCCAGAGAGAGAAGGCUGUGGUGUGGGCGGAUCAGGCUGAGUCCGAUGAAGCAAACAAAUGUGAUGAUUCGGAGAUUGCUGCUGUUGUCACAUUUCCUCAUCUGAAAUACAGUCAGACAACGCCAUGCAAAGAAGAAAAAUGUGCGCAGCUUAUUCAGUCGGCAGAAAAAAUGGCACAAAAGGAAAACCCACUAGCAAUAGUCAGACAUUUCACUGGAGCACAGAAUUCACAGACAGAGGAAUUUAAAGAAAAUGUUCCGCAGAAAGCCAUAAAUGUCGUGCCACCUCGGAAGAGGACCAGGCGAAAGUUAAUGGAUUCUCCCAUGUCUACGGAAAGUCAUCAGCAAAAUGAUUCAAUCAGCGAUGAACUGUCCCCAAUCGUAUACACUCCAGAGACCAGUAAUAACACAGUGACCCUUCUUAAGCAAGUUGCCAAAAUCCCAUGUGUCGUAGGAAAAAGGGAGAAUAACCCUGGACUUCCUGACUAUGCCGGCCAUGCUGGGUUCAGCUUUCCUAUGACAAGCGAAUCUAAAGAUACGGACAUGAACUCAACUGUCAUUCUCUCACAUGGGGAUGGGGAUAAAAGUUCUGAGAACACUGCUGAUGCGAAGUCUGGCACGACCAGUAUGUUACAAAGACUUGGCCUUUCAUCUUUGCUGAGUAAACCUUCUUCUAAACCACUGAGUGAGAAACCGUCCUAUAUGGCAAUGACGUCAGCUGCUGAAAGAAAAAGAAAGUUGUUAAGUCUUGCAGGAAACAGUGCAGUGAAAGAAGAUAGCGUAGCACUUCCCACUGCGAAACGCGUGCGGCAGGAUAUCUCCCUCGACUGCAAGGCGCUAAGGGUUCAGAGAGUGGCAGGGACUACAAGAAACAAAGAUAAUUGCGCUCGGAGACGUCUGCCUAAGAGUGUUUCAGAAAGCGCCUUGGGCGUGAAAGGGAAACCCUUCUCAUUUCAAGCGUCCGCCCAGCUUCUGUUCCAAGGCGGGAAGAAAAGAACAGCCCCUAAAGAUUCCUGAGAGCAGAGCUGACUUUCCACAUUAGUGUAAAACUGGGGUUUUUGUUAAACAAGAAAAAGACAAAUUCUUGCCAUCUCAGUGAACUCCCCCAGUGCUCUGCCCUUUGUCUUCUGCUUUAUACUUUUAUUUAAACAUUAGGUUCAUGUGUAGAAGGAUGCAGAAAAAUAUUCCUAAGGACAGUUUGGCAGUAAAGCAUACAGAAACAGAACCAUUGCUUGGAAUCAAAAACAUUUUGACUAGGGUUCCAUGGUUUUUCUCCAUGGUCUCCUGAAGGAGCUUCUUGCUCUAGAAACAUGAAGGUGUGAGCAACAGUGGGUGCACAAGAAACCAUCUUGAACACACAGCAGAAACAUAAUGCAGCCUUCUACAUUGGCAGUGGCAACUCAAGUGUAAUUAUAGAAAAAGAGAGUGGAUCUGUUAUUUCUUCUACUGAGUGACUCUGAGCUUAGGCGUAUACCCAUUAAGCAAGACUUAGUCAAUUCUUCCAAAAACCACCAACCAUCUUGUGUCAAUUGGGCACCAUUUAGGAGAAUUGCAAAGAGUUUAACUAAAAGCUGAUUACCCACCUUCACCAUGGAAUCCUAUCCCCAGUGAUUCUGUAAUACCUUACCUUACUUACAGUUGUCUUAAAAACACAAAGGUACUGAUUAGUCCCACAAAGAUGCAGAGUAGUCCUACAGCCUGGGCCACCUUUCUUCUAUCCUGGAACAGAGCUCUCCUACUUCAGCAGUGAACUUAUUAAACAAUCUAUCUUUAAAAGACUAAUGAUGUCACGCAAAUAUGUACAAUGGAGCUUUUGUUCAGACUGGGGCCCAUAAUCACUUGGAGAAGCAAAACUAUCUGCAAGCUUUCAAAUAGACAGCUGUGUGCUAGAAAAAGUAAGGAAAACAUAUAUAGUAAAUAUUUAAUAGGUUAUAGGUAAUGUUAACAGGGGUCAGAAGAUCUUGAUACCUUAUUCGGGGGGGGGGGGUGUAUUCUGUACAAGCUACCCCACACUCUAACAUCUAUGUUGUAGACUUAAUUGUAUUCAAGUAUGCUCUGUGGAUAGUUUAUGAAGCUGACUCCAUGCAGGUAGAGUGAUGUUCCAUAGUGGGUCACACAGUACUGUCAUCUGCAGUUUAAUAACACAUAGGUGACCGAUUUGUACUGUUUCUACACUUUGGCCUUUUUGUGGCAGAUGGGACAUAUACUACUUUCCUGUUGACUAGUUACAACCCGCACAUGAUUGGGGGGGAGAUAUUCCACCAGUGGAGUUAUCACUUUUGAUCAAGUGUAUAUAGUUUUCAACUGAGCUGAGCCUAGGCCUAUACCCAUUGAGCAAGACCCAUUUUUCCAAUAACCACCAACCAUCUUGUGCCAAAUGUGGGCACCAUUCAUGAGAGCUGCAAAGCGUUUAACUGGAAGUUGAUUACCCCCAUCCCCUACCAUGGAAUCCUACCCCAGUUGAUCUGCAACACCUACUUACAGUUGUCUUAAAAACACAAACAUACCAAAAUAUACCUUAUGCUACACAGCCCCAAGGAGAUCCUUCUGGAUAUGGAGUCCAUAAAACAUUUCAGCACCAUGAAGUAUAUAUUGAAAUAUAUAUUUAUUAUGCCUCAGUGGCACAAUUGGCCAAUUUCUAUUUAAACUGGCACCUUGCAUUUUUUUUAUGCCAUUUUUAAAUAAGUGCUGAUUGGUUGACUGCUUAGCCAGUCAGCAGUUGGCUUAAGGGCAUAUUGCACCAGCAUCAAAUCCCCUUCAUUCUCAAUAAUAAGUCUUAAUAUGUAGCCUUUUUUUCCGCUUUUUAAUUUAUUUUAUCCGACAGCAGUGUGAUUUUCCUUUUACUGCAAAUGCAUUUGGUUCUGUUGGAGGCAUGGCCGCACUCUCUUAUUGGCAAGCAGGAGUUCCCCACACGUUGUGGUAAAGAGAAAAGAAUGAAUUUACAGCCGGCAACCCCAGCACCGACCUAAAAAAGAAAAUCUACGUCUUUGAGUUUCCCGUAAGCUUUGGUUUGUGCUAAUGGUUUCUGUGAAUGAUCGUUAUGAAUGAUCUUUUAUUUUUACAUUGUAAAUAUUGUUUUCCUGUGUUAAUAUAUUUUCCAUUUGGACUAUAAAUGCGUCACAUCUUGUAAAUAGAUUGUUUGCUGAUUUCAAAUUGUGUUUCAAAAAUACAUUAUUUUUUUAGCUGUGA